UUCCGCCGGAAAGCGAUAACUAGCACUUCCUGUCUCAGAUACGGUAGAGAGUCGCUGUGUGCCCGAAAUCUGGAAAUGUCUCACACAAUCCUGCUCGUUCAGCCCACCAAGAGGCCAGAAGGAAGAACCUAUGCAGACUAUGAGUCAGUUAACGAAUGUAUGGAAGGUGUGUGUAAAAUGUAUGAAGAGCAUUUGAAGAGAAUGAAUCCCAACAGCCCAUCAAUCACAUACGACAUCAGUCAGCUGUUUGAUUUCAUUGACGACUUGGCAGAUCUCAGCUGUCUUGUGUAUCGUGCAGACACUCAGACUUAUCAGCCCUACAACAAAGACUGGAUCAAGGAGAAGAUUUAUGUGCUACUGCGUCGGCAGGCCCAGCAAGCUGGCAAAUAGUGGGCGUCCUAGCUCACGUGUACAUCGCACAGUAGUGGGAGUUUUGUUUUGUAAUAUAGUGGUUUGUGUUUUAUUUCAGCUAAAGGAGACAGAGUUUUGCCCUAUGUGGGGAAAUGCUAUAUGUUAACUUUUUUUAUAUAUAUAUUUACGUAUUCAGAGUGGUUUCAAAGACCAUCCGCAGUAAGCAUUGCUUGCUGAAUCCUCGGUAAACUCAUGACCCGAUGCCUUGUCACUACAGAGUACAGAUCUACCAGUUCAGGAUAGCCUGUCUGCACAGAACAUUUCAGAGACCCACGCAUUUGGCAGAUAAAACAUGUUCAAACGUUAUUUUAGUGGAACAAAUAAAAAAACCGAAUAGUUUAAAUAUUA